AUGCUCUUCUAUGUUUCUGUGUCACUCUUGUUGGCGUAUGUUGUCAACUACAUCGUAGCUUCAUACAAAUCUCAAGAUCCUCCAGUAUACAAGGCUACAGACAUGAAACGGUACUUGAAUCACCGUAGUCCUUUUAUAGAGGAGUCAUUUAUUCCUCUGCUGCUUCUGCAAUCGAGGCUGUUGGAAAAGUGGCAGGAAGAGCUUUCUUUGGAGCACGAUCCCAGGCUACUUCCAGCGCUAUGGCUAAACAAGAUAACAGCAUCGUUGGUCGAAAGAACUGCGAAGUUGAGGUUGCCAUUCGAAUGGUAUUUUGCAGUCGACCUACAAGAAGGGCUUCAGGCCUUUGGUCCGAAGAACAUGGAUACUUGUGAGGAGUUAGCAGGGUUUUUGGGGAUAAGUUUAUUUGACAGCUGUGAAACGCUACAGAACCCGAGGCAGAAAACUUCAAAGUUUAGGAUUGUGAAACCUACAGAUGAGCCGCUUCUGGAAUUGUCUAGACGGUAUUUGGGUGCUAAUUAUCUAUUGCAUACGUUAGACUUGCCCAAGCAAGUGGUGUUCCUUGGUGCGGGUCCACUGGACGAGUCCUUAGUGGUACCAAUUCAUCAAAAGCAAAGCCAGGCCAUUCACGAACAGCCAGAAUUAUCUCUUUUGGCUAAUGGCCUAGACAGAAGAGUCUCGCUUAAGGAGCAGGCUGACCAUUUAAGAGCUAAGUGGACAUCGUCAAGAGUCGUUUAUACAAUGGAAACUCUUCAGGCUGAAGCAGUAGCCGAUCCCACAGCACAGGACUUCACAGUGCCAAUAUUGAAAUCCCUUUUCGAGUAUGAAGAGAAUACUUUAGAUUAUCAGUUGGCGAAAAAUGUUCAUACUGCCUCAUCUAAAAAGUACUUCCAUGAGGCUAUUCUUGAAGGCAGCGGUAAAGGAAGCCAUUACGAUUGGAGAUUCUUCAAACAAAGCACCUUCUCCUCGUACGAGCGCACAGCAGUGUUACAUCGCCUCACCAGAGCUUGGCUCAGGUUUGCUCGAGACGCUUGUUUCAAGUCUUGGUUGGCUCAUGGUACGCUUCUAGGCUGGCACUGGAACGGCCUCAACAUGCCUUGGGACGAGGACCUUGACGUUCAGAUAACAAUGAGCAGCCUUCAUGUGCUCGCAAAGCACUACAAUCAGUCGGUGGUUGUGGAUGUCACAGACGGAAUUCAGACCGGCCACAUGUAUCUAAUCGACGUAAAUCCUCAUUUCUUGCAACGUGAUAGAGGCAAAGGUGACAAUGUGAUUGACGCACGCUUCAUAGAUGUGUCUACUGGGUUGUACGUGGACAUCACAGCACUCGCAGUAUCCAACGAUCUUGAGGUAGUUCAGAAUUCACCAGGCACGAAAAGGCACAACAGACUUCACCAGGUUUUCGAUCCCAGCUAUACGGAGAUCUCCAAACUGUUUGAACAUGCCCCAAGACUUCGGGAUUCAAUUGAAGCCCGGUUGCAAGGGCUUGAACGAGGACAGUGGAAAGCUGGAAAACUUUACAAUUGCAAGGACGACCACUUCUACCUCCUCGACGAGCUUGGGCUCCUUCCGACCAAAUUUGAAGGCGUGCAAGCGUACGUUCCUAUAGCGUAUCACGAAAUCCUUAAACGAGAGUAUCCUAGAGGUACUAAAGCUCGAAUAUAUGAAGGCUGGCGCUUCUCUGACAAGUUGCAGCUCUGGCUACCCAUUUCCGAAUGUGGUAAGGCUGCCCUUGGCUGUGACAAAGAAGAUUGGAUUCUCGAGGAAGAAUUCACCAGAAACAUUCGCCAUUCGCCAGAGGAGCCGGGCCUCAUCACAAAAACUCCCGCCAAGAUCGAUCCUUGGCUCCUCAAGCGCAACCAAAGGCUCUUGAAAUUCAUGACUUAG